AUGAACAGGACAACAGUAUUGAGAAAUGUCUUACCAAGGACAUCACAGGUUCUUAAAAAGAACGGCAGCCAUCUACAAAGUAACAACAUUAUCAACAAAUCAGCAUCUUCUAUCCUCACAGUAUCUCGUGCAUUCACCACCACUAGUCCAAGAAGAAUUGCUCAAGAAGAAGAUCUUGUCAAUUUGAAUAAGUUACCAAGAAAAGAAGAGCCAUGGAUUUAUGCACCAGUUGUGAAUCCCGCAGAAAAAUAUAAGGUUCAAAUUGAGGAGUUGCACAAGUUUGGUACCUACCUCAUGUCAUGUUUACCCAAGUACAUUCAACAGUUUUCAGUUUGGAAGGAUGAGUUGACUAUAUAUGUUGCACCAAGUGCCAUUCAGAUUGUCUCAUUAUUCUUGAAAAACCAUACCUCGGCACAAUUCAAAUCUUGUAUGGAUGUAACUGCAGCAGAUUACCCAAGUAGAACCAAUAGGUUUGAUGUGGUGUACAAUUUGUUGUCAGUGAGACACAACUCAAGAAUCAGAGUUAAGACUUAUGCAAAUGAGACCAGUGCUGUGCCAUCUGUGACUUCAAUUUACCACGGUGCCAACUGGUACGAGAGAGAGACAUACGAUUUGUUUGGUGUCUUUUUCACUGGUCACCCAGAUUUGAGAAGAAUUAUGACUGAUUAUGGGUUUGAAGGUCAUCCAUUAAGAAAAGAUUUCCCAACCACUGGGUACACUGAAGUGAGAUAUGACGAAGAGAAAAAGAGAGUUGUUUAUGAGCCAUUGGAGUUGACCCAAGCAUGGAGAAACUUUACUGUUGGAUCAUCGGUGUGGGAGCAAGUCGGUGAAGGUGAAGAUUUUACCCCAGAGAAUUUCAAAUUGCCAACACCAGAACCAGAACCUGAAAACAAGGAAGAAGAAAAGAAGAAAUAA